AUGACGGCAGCACAAACAAAGUUGGAAAUAAGAAGACUCGAAAUUCAAGCAGAGAAAGAGGAAAAAGAACGCCAAAUGAAUUUCGAAAGAGAAAGGAUGACGAUGGAAGUGGAAAGAGAAAAGAUGAGAAUGGACGCCGAAGAAAAGGAAAGAGAACAUCAAAGGGAAGUGGAAAGAGAAAAGAUAAGAAUGGACGCCGAAGAAAAGGAAAGAGAACAUCAAAGGAAAGUGAAAGAAUUGGAACUAGAGAUUGAAAAAGCAAAACUUCAAAAGGAACGGUGUGAGACAAAUUCUAACCCUGUGCCGUUUAGACUGAAACUUCAACCUUAUAAUCAUACUGAAAGUGAGGAUAUAGUGACAUUCUUAUCAGAGUUUACUGCUUUAUCAACACAGGCUGGAUGGACAGAAGAAGUAAAAAUGCUACAGCUGAGAACCUUGUUAACAGGUGAGGCCAGAGAGGUAGCUAUUCAAGCACAUGGGUCAUUUGAAGAACUUUGUAAAGCCCUAAUGGACAGGUACGGGAAAAGGCCCUACCAAUAUUUCAAGCUAUUACAGACAGCCCAAAGGGAACCUAAGGAAACAUACAGAGGACUUAUGGCAAGAAUUGAACAAUAUCUUACUAGAUUUGUGGACUCAGUAGAGGAUGUCAUGGGAAAAUUCAAAGAGGAAUAUUUUCUUAGUGCAUUGCCAGUGUCACAAGCACAAUGGAUACGCCGUAACAAAGGGUCGAGCAGUGUGGUUGAAGCCGCAGAGGAUUAUAUUCUACCUGAACGGAAUAUAAACAAAUCAACGCAAGGUAAAAGUAUAAAUGGAAAAACUUUUACCUCUGAUCGGGACCAGAGAAAGGAGCAAUCGACAGAGCAAAUGAAAAGUGUGCAGUGUUACAAUUGUAACAAGUACGGGCACUUCGCGAGGAAAUGUCCAAAAAACAGAGAAGGUAAAAAUCUUGCAGGAUUUUUAGUGCGACAAUACACGGGAGGACUUAUCCAUGUCCCAGGAGAGGUCAAUGGCCGUGAUAUUAGUUUCGUGAAAGACACUGGGUCAGCGAUGACCUUGAUUAGGGAAGACCUGGUGGACCCAAGUUGUGUAUUGGAGGGUCAGCGGGAGACGCUAUGUACAGCGACUGGACAGCCGUUUUCAGCCAAACUGGCUAUCGUUGAUAUGGACACGCCAUAUUAUAAGGGACAUGCUCAGGUCGGAUUAGUGCCUGGCCUUGUCGCUGAAGCCCUGUUGGGGGUAGACAUCAUAGAGAGACAAUCAAAGGCUGUGAAUGUUGUUACGCGUGCACAACAUCGUAAUAACAUUGCUGAAGAAAGGCUAGCUGAGGACAAGGCAAAGGAAUGCCAUGUAAAAGUUGGAAUGGACCCCGACACGGACCAAGUGGAUGCCAGUAAGGGAAGUGAUGUUGGACAGGCGAACGAUGUGGACCUGGACCAUGGCGAUGGCGUUGGUGAGGACAUUGACAACAUCAGUGAGACUGUAUCCCACAGCAAUGGGGAUGAUACAGUUAACAUCACAACAGAGGAACCGCUUGAACUUUCUGCUGUAAAUGCUGAAGUGCUUAGUAAGCUUCAGCAGGAAGAUCCAACUUUAGCCAACAUUCGGAGAAAAGCUGCAAGUUCAGAGGAAUCUGUGCAGGAAGAUAGGAAUGCCCUGUACUGGGAAAAUGGGAUUCUCCGAAGGAAAUGGGAGUCUAGUGAUGGAGCCAAACAUGGAGUCCAGGUAGUACUACCAGAGGCACUACGUCUCAAUAUCAUUAAAUUGGGACAUGAUAGACCACUUGCGGGACAUUUAGGGAUAGAAAAGACCAAAGAGCGUAUCUUUAAUUCGUUCUAUUGGCCAGGGAUUUUUAAGGACAUACAGGAAUACUGCAGUACUUGUAACGUAUGUCAAAAGACCGCCAGAAGACGUGGUGACGAGAAAGCUCCAUUAGGACAACCACUGAUCAUCAGUGAACCUUUUUACAAAAUAGCUAUGGAUAUUGUUGGGCCACUGUCUCGAACAAAGAAGAAGAAAAAGAAGAAAAAAAAAAAAAAAAAAGAACACUGA